AUGUCCUUCGCGUCGUCCCACACCUCUCCCUCCACGACCGCCUCGCCUGAGGUGCUCCUCACUGCCUAUAAGGCUGAAGCUCAGCAAUUGCGCGAUGACCCGCAUAAGGUCACUCCCAGCGACAUGGAGGGCUGUCACAGCAGCACCAGGGGAGACACUGGUGCUGCUGCGAGAGGCGUGUUCGGUGAAGCUUUGGAAGGCAAGUACCUUCUCUUGAUCAGAAAAAACAAGGACCUCACAGUGCAGCUUGGCACCGUGCAGCAACAGCUAGCCGCCGCACAGAAGGCGCUGCAGGCGGAGCAGGAGAAGACGCAGCGACUGGUCUCCGCCGUCACAGUCUCCUCGCUUGGCACUCGAGGAGUAAAGUCCAGCUCAAAGUUGCCGGCAGGAGCGACUGGCCUGGACGACGGCGGUAGCAGCAAUAGUGGCAACAAGACCAACGGUGGAAGUGGUGGGGGGAUAGCGGCAGCAUCGUCCACUGCUAUCGCGCGCGUGUACGAUCAGCUGCACCAGAAGGAGCUCGCCAUGGCUGAGGUGCAGCGGGAGAACGCCACUCUGCGCUCCCUCAUUCAACGCGAAGUCGGACUACGUGAUGACACAAGGGAAGUGGACGACCUCUUGCGCCGUGCGGCUGCCGCCUCGAGCAGCGGUGGGUCAACGCCAGCAGGUGUCGGUUGUAAGUCGUCCUCCGGCACGGACGCGGGUGGCUGGCGUGGUCGUGCGGAGGAGAUUGUCCUCCUGAAAUGUAAGCUCAAGGAUGUACAACGGGAGUUGAAGAUGGUCGUGGCGCAGAGCGGCAGUGGUCGCGGCGAGGAUGGCGUGAAUACACUGAUGGACCCGCUCGCGCUGCCUGCCUCCGUCCGCGCUUUCCUAGGCGUGGAUGCUGACCCCGCGACUGAGGCUCGAUCGAUCGCAACCACCACCACCUCACAGGUGCGUCGGCCACGCCGCGACGUCGACAGCUACGCGCGCGAUAGGCUAAGCGCCAUGCAGCACCAGCGGGCGGCGCAGCAGCGCGAGCUCAGCGCUAACCUUGAGCAGCAACAGCACGAACUUAACGAAGAGCGAAUGAAAUCGUCCGCCCUGCAGGCGCGGGUGAAGACAAUGAAGUCGGAGCUUCAUACGCUGCGCAGCUAUGUGGACACAAUUCUAGAGAAGAGCAGCACCGAUGAUGAGCUCGUUGCGGCGUACAAGACAGAGUUGCAGCGCGCCAACGAGGAAAUACGCCACUGGCGACGGGCAGCUGAGGAGACUCUGAAAGGGGCAAGCCGCGGCUGCAACAGUGAUGGCGAGACAAGUACCGCCUUUACCGUCAAAGGUAUGCGCAGUGGACUCAACAACGCAGCAGCAGCAGCGGCGCGGGCGGCAUCCUAUCGACAGGCCACCGAAGAUAAAACGAUUGUCAGUGCCGGUUGUGGGGAGGAGGGAAAGGCGUGCGCUGCGCCACUUCCAUUGUGGUCGUCUCAGUCGCCGAAGUCCUUCUCGCGGUCUUUGUACGAGUGGGUGUGCCAGGCAUGUGACGAGGUACCGCAGGAAGUGGAGCCGAAGAGCACCCAGCCGGCAGUGGAGGCCUCCGCGAAGCAGCUGGCAGCGGUGCUGCGGCACGCCUACCAACAUGUUGUGCUGGUCGAGCGGAGCACUGUAGCAGCCGCCGACAUGGCGCUGGCUGUGCCAACGAGCACUAGUGGUGAGAGCAUCUUACACAGGGAGAACACGGCGUUGAAGAGGCGCGUUUGUGCGCUGUCGGACCUGAUGGAGAAGGAGUUGCAGGCGCAGCGUGUUUUGUGGACUAUCGCCAACGCAGACGCAACACCGUCGACAACGUCGUAA